AUAAAGCGUAACGCCCCGUUUCCUAGCAACCAACGCUUCCGCAAAUAAUGGCAAAAUUUAUGCUCGCUGGGAAAGCAGACUGCCCUCAUUAUGCCAAAGCGGAACUAUUAGCAGACCAUCUGCAGAGAUGUCUGCCAAACUUCAAGGUCCACAAGAUCUCCAUCCUCCCAGAUGAGUGGACGGAAUGGCUGGAUGUCACCUGCAAAAGAAACGGGUGGAAACACGAGCAGUCUCCUUUGGUUUGGAGGGAACUGGUCCACCAGGGAGGCAAAGGGUUGCUCUUAGGAGGUUUCAGUGACUUCCUAGAGCACUGCCAGGACUACUAUGGCAUCACAUCAGACAUGCCCUCAGAUAUGAUGCUGAGCAUUGCAGCAGACAACCUGAAGACCAAGAUGGACCUCAUUGUGGAAGAGCAGCACCUGGCCAGUCUUAUUCAACCCCUUCAUAUAUGGAUCAGUGGUGCUCUCAGCCCAACGUGCCACAUCCUGAUCCCUAAUCUACUUUCUGCUGAGGUGUUCCCUCAAGUUUCUGUAAUCAGCCUCCACCUACUGGAGCUGCAGGGGAAUGUGGAGGAACUUCAGGGGCUGAGGAUGGAGAUCGAGGACCUUGCACCCAGUUUGCUCCAUCAGGUGACGGUCCACACAGAUCUGGAUGAGGCUUUCCAAGAAGCGGACGUCAUCCUCCUGUUGGACGAUUGCUGGACCGAUGAAAGAGAGGAUGACGGUGAUGAAGAAAAGAAGAGGAAAGUGAUGGAGCGAUACGGAGUGUACGGACAGCUGAUCGACACAAGAGCAAACAAGAAGGUGAAGGUGAUCGUGUCUGGCGGCUCAUUCGUCAACCUGAGAUGCUCGCUUCUUGUGGACGGUGCACGCUCCGUUGACAGCCAACAGUUCGUCGCCACGGCAACACAGCUGGAGAACAAAGCCAGGGCCAUAAUUGCAAAGAAGCUCAAAGUGAGACCAUCAGAUGUUACAGAUGUCAUUGUGUGGGGAAACAUCAGUGGUGAUUUCUACGUUGACCUGCAGAGGGCGAAGGUUUUCAACUACGACGGGGCAAUUAAAGGACCGGCUUUUUAUUCUCAACCAGUCCUAAAGAUUUGUCCUGACAGGAAAUGGCUGGAAAAAGACUUUCAACACUUGGUGCAAUGUCAACAUGAAACCGUGACUUCAAAGACCAGCCGAGCUGCCGCCAUGCUGGCCGCUAACGGGAUCCUCGCCGUCCUGAGGGCAUGGAAUGGUAUUUGUGAUCCAGAUGAGGUCCUGUCUGUGGGUGUACGUUGCCCAGGUCACUACAGUCUUCCAGAUGACGUUGUCAUGUCGGUCCCAGUCAGAUUUAAAGACGGUAAAUGGUCUGUGCUGUCUGAUGUGACUGUUGGAGACGAGCUGAACAAGAAACUUCAGCUUCUUGCAAGCGAACUGAGGCAGGUGUGUCAAGCUGAACAACAUCUCUGUGGAUGUUGCACAUUUUCAUCGCUACAAUACUACACUUCAUCAUCAUGUAACACAGUUGCACAUAACACCGGCCGGGCGGCUAGUUUGGCUGUAGUCAUCAGCAAAAGACAUCAUUUUUUGUCUCCAUUUUCGCAAGAGAGUUUCAGACAGAGUGACGCAAGGUGCUGCAGGAAUUUACAGCAUGAAAAAAAAUAGGUUUCUGGACAUAUAUGUGGUCUAGUAAAUCCCAAAAGUACAAUUACAAGCUCUUUAAAGAAAAGGUACUAACAGAGUAUUUUUUUCUUUUCCAGGAAAAAGAACUUGGACCAGAAAACUGCCCUGUUGUCAUGAAUAACAAUGUUUGAUAGGCAUUUUAAAAAAAUGGUUUCAGAAAUAAAAAGUUCCACACACAUGAGGCUGAUAAAGGUCAUUGCAACAUCUUUAGUUUGUUUCAGUUUGUUCUUUUAUUGUCUUACUUUCACAUGUGAAGUUGCAGAUUUAUUUUACCAGCUUAAUGACAGCAAACCUUCCCACGUUCUGAAACUUGUCCGUAGCGGUUACAUUUUUAGACGUAAAAGAUCAAACUGAGUACUUUAUGGAAAAAGGAGAAAUUAGAAAAUAUAUUCCUUUUUUUUUUUUUUUAAAUUGUACAGUUCGGUAAGUGUCUUUUAUAUAUUUUUAUAUCUAUGUAUAUAUAUGUGUAUUUAUAUAUACACAUAUACAUAUAUAGGUCAAGAAGCAAAUAUUUUAAGCAUAAAAUACACAACUACCAUACACAAACUAGUCUGUUAAUCUCUAAAUCUGAUGUUAUCGCUUGCCACCCAUUUCCAUUUACAGCUGGGUAGUCUUUUCAAAAUAAAAGGACACAUCAAAACUUUUAUUCCCCUCAUUGUAAUGAAAUAAACUGAAUUUAACAGGCGUUUUUUUUUUUUAACCUGAAA